CCCCAGUAAAACCUCAGCUUUCAUUGACAGCCAUAGCUACAAGAUAAAGCUUUUCAGCAUAUACUCUCUUCUCAAUUUCUAGGGUUUUUCAGCAUAUUCUUUUUUAAUCUCUUUCUCUUUCUCCUGUUAUCCUCAAAAUGGCAGCUUUAUCUCUUCAUAAUUUCAAUCAUUUGGUUUCAAUUUUCUCUUCUCCUUCUUCUUCUUCCUUCUGGAAUUUGAGUUUUUCUUUCAAAAAUGAAGUCAGAUUCAAGAAAGGGAAAUUUUUGGUGUUUUUAUCAACUCACUCAAAUCCCAAAAUUCUCAAGUCUAAUAAGAAGUCAAGGUUUGGUCAAAGGAUUACUUCUUAUGAUACUGAUGAGGAAGAGGAGGAAGAUGAAGAUGAAGAAUUUGAUGACAAUGAUGAUGGCAUGGCUGGAGAUGAUUGGUUGAUGAAUGACGACUUUGCUCAACCGCAUGAAUAUGUUGUUAACGGCAAGAAAAUUAAAUCGCGCAAGGGAAGUGGUAAAGAAGGAAACAGAAGACUGCAAGAACAACGCAAAGGCUCAAAAGCCUUAAAAUCAAGACAAGGUCUUAUCAUUUCUGAAGACCAAAUGGAUGUCAGACAUGGUAAUGAUGGUUUAAAGAGGAAAAGUGUAGGGAAUUCUUAUCAUACUUCUACCAAAACGAAGGAAGCUGGUUCCUUUGACGUAGAUGGAGGAAGAAUGCUGGUGUCAAAGACAUCUAGAGAAAACCGAUAUCAACGGCUGUCAGAUGAAAUUGAUUUGGAUGAGAAAUGGUUCCCCCUUCUUGAUUAUCUAAGUACUUUUGGGCUUAAAGAUACACACUUUAUCCAAAUGUACGAGAGACACAUGCCUUCACUUCAAAUCAACGUGUGUUCAGCUCAGGAAAGGUUGGACUACUUGUUGAGUGUUGGUGUGAAACAAAGAGAUGUUAGAAGAAUACUUUUGAGACAACCACAAAUUCUAGAAUACACAGUGGAGAACAACCUGAAGUCUCAUGUAGCUUUCCUAAUGAGUCUGGGGAUCCCAAGUUCUAGAAUAGGGCAGAUAAUUGCGUGUGCACCUUCUCUGUUUUCAUACAGUGUUGAAAAUUCAUUAAAACCAACAGUGAGAUACUUGAUUGAGGAGGUUGGUAUUAAUGAACAUGAUUUAGGUAAAGUUGUGCAGCUGAGCCCUCAGAUUCUUGUUCAACGGAUUGACAUAUCGUGGAAUACUCGCUAUAUGUUUCUCUCAAAGGAGUUAGGAGCACCCAGAGAUAGUAUUGUGAAGAUGGUAAAGAAACAUCCCCAGCUUCUUCAUUACAGCAUUGAUGACGGAUUACUACCCAGAAUAAAUUUCCUAAGGAGCAUUGGGAUGCGUAAUUCUGAUAUCUUGAAAGUCUUGACUAGUCUUACACAGGUGUUAUCUCUGUCUCUGGAGGACAAUCUAAAGCCUAAGUACCUGUACUUGAUCAAUGAACUGAAUAAUGAGGUGCAUUCUUUGACGAAAUAUCCUAUGUACUUGAGCCUGUCACUAGAUCAGAGAAUUCGACCCCGCCAUCGGUUCUUGGUUUCCCUAAAGAAAGCUCCAAAGGGGCCAUUUCCACUCGGUUCAUUGGUCCCAUCUGAUGAAUGCUUUUGUCAGCAGUGGGCUGGAACUAGUUUAGAUAAAUAUUUGGCAUUUCGUCAAAGGUUACUACUCAAAGAAUUCGCAAAGAAAUAUGAGAAGUAGUGAUAAGCUUCAAAAGAUUCCUUCCUAAUACUAGAAUCCCUGUCCACUUCAAGCUAUCUAGUAUUGUAGCUCUCUAACACUACUCCGAGGUUUUGGAAUGAUACCUGAGACUACAAUUUACCAUA